UUAGAAGCGAGUCAGCCUGCUCACCGGUUGGAGCUGUCAGCGGAACUGCUGUAGAUUUUUCGGCACCUGUCAGCUUUCUCUGCCCCCUUCGUCCUCCGGUCUCAUGUGCUCCAGGAUGGAGCAGCCCUUCUACCAUGAUGACUCAAUGCUGUCUGCUUACUCCAGACCGGAGCAGGGGCUGCUGAAGCCCAGCCUGACUUCCUUAAACGAGCACUACAGGGGAGCCAAGCCAGACCUGUCCUACUACUCUGAGCAGCCCAGCCUGAAGAUGUCUGCUCCGGAACUGGAGAGGUUAAUCAUCCACAGCGGCCCCGGGGUCAUCAACGGCCCUAACGGGGGUCCGCUCUUCUACCGUGGGGGCACAGAGGAGCAGGAAGGCUUCGUGGACGGCUUUGUCCGGGCCCUGGACGACUUGCACAAGAUGAACCGUGACGCCCCCCCCAACGUGUCCCUCGGGGGUGGCUCCGUGCCCAUGAACGGAGGUGGAGGGUCGCCGAAUGGCACCACCAUGUACCAUGACCCGGCCGUCUACACCAACCUGGCUACCUACAACUGCUACAGGCAGCCGUCGGCCACCAUCAACUACCUGCCGCACAGCUACGGGGGUGCCAACUUCAAGGAAGAGCCCCAGACGGUGCCUGAGGCCGGCAGCAGGGACAGCACGCCCGCCCCUCUCUCCCCCAUCAACAUGGAAGAGCAGGAGAAGAUCAAAGUGGAGCGGAAGCGUUUGCGGAACCGGCUGGCUGCCACCAAGUGCCGGAAACGCAAGCUGGAACGCAUCGCCCGCCUGGAGGACAAGGUGCGAGACCUGAAAAGCGAAAACAACGGGCUGAGCGGCACCGCCGGUAUGCUGCGGGAGCAGGUGGAACAGCUGAAGGUCCGGGUGAGAGAACACGCCAGGCACGGGUGUCAGCUGCUGCUAGGAAGCAAGGGGCAACCAGUGUUCUGAAGACUCCAAACUGCAUGCCCAGGUGUCCACCAGCACCCCCUCUUGGCAACCCCUCCUUUAAGACUUGACUACAAAACACUCAGGGGUUGGUUGAGAGGUGGGAGAAGAG